CUCCAACCUCUCCGUCCCGCUCAGCUCGUAGAUGCCGCAUCAACCAGUCACUGCCGCCGUCCACCACGCCGCUCUUAAACUCUAUCUUGCAUUUUAAGCACACACCAGCCUCGUGCACAGAGUCAAUCACUCGCACAUCACCGACCACACGCACACGCAACACGCCCGCCCUUGACUCCGGCCCUGGGAAGCUAGCCGCAGAGUGCCAGUAACAAGUAGCAGUAGCAACAACAUCACGCAGGUAGGACACCAUCACGUUGUCUUCCCCCUCCCUUGCUGCCUCUGCCCAUCCCAACCGCUGCCCAUUCUGGACGCAAAUGUCCAACCACUGGCUCCGAGGCUCAUCUGGCUCUGCUGCAGGCUCCUCAGACUUCCCAGCGCCUACACCGGGUCGAUUAGCCGACCGUAACGACGCCCUCAACGACGACUGGCCGCCCACCGACCCCCGAGGCGACUCCUUCAACUUUUAUACGCAUCCCUCACGAACAUCGAUCUUCUCGUCUGCAGACUUGCUGCUCGACGCUCCAAGUACCGCUGCCGAGCUUUCCAGGAGCGCUGCCCCGACCAUGGACGACAGUGGCGGCGUGGAGACGACCAGCUCAUGGCGACCCUCGGGCAGCUUGCCCUCCUUUUCUAGGGCGUUUGAUAUGUUCAUGCCCGUCGAAGAUAUGGAUAAUGCCUCCCAGGAGCCCGAAGAUAAGUUCUUCGUUCCGACAUAUCUAGAAUCAUCGACAUAUAUGCAGCGCCUGAGAGAGGCCCACCGAGCGAAGCUAAUCGCCCGUAAGGAGGCUAAGCGAACCUCAGCAGUCUCGCCAAGCACAGGCGGAAUGCAUUUGCGUUCGGCGUCCCUACCAACCGGCUCGCACCGGGGCAUGUCACACGUGGUUAUCGAGCGCCCGACGCCCAAGGAUGACGACGAAGAUGUCUUGCUCCCGCUGCCGACGCAAUGGAGCCGAGACGACGUGGCUGCUGGCCUGGAUAUCCAAACUGACGGCCUGGGCUUAAAGUUUCCCGAUUCUAAAUCUCAUCACGAGCGCGAGCACGAGGCCUGCGCAGUUCGAACUGAUCACCAUAUCCCGCCGCAAUGUGGCAUCUAUUAUUUCGAGGUCCAGAUUCUCUCUGGCAAGCGCGACGAUACUUAUAUUGCUAUUGGUUUCUCGACAAAAACUGCUUCGAUAGAUCGACCCGUUGGCUGGGAGCCCGAAUCCUGGGGCUACCACUGCGAUGACGGCCGCUGCUUCACAGGCCAAAAGAUUGGCCGCCCGUUUGGCCCGACAUUUGGAACCGGCGAUGUUAUUGGCUGCGGUAUCAACUUCCGGGAUCGCACAGCAUUUUAUACCCGAAACGGCGUCAAGCUUGGUACCGCGUUUCAAGAGGUUCUACGAGGCAAGCUGUACCCGUCUGUCAGCUUGAAGAAGCCGGGCGAGCAAAUAUCUGUCAACUUUGGCCAAACACCGUUUGUUUUUAAUAUCGACGACGUUGUGAGGGAGCAAAAGAAGAAUAUUCAACAGCAAAUCAUGGAAGCAGACACUUCAUCACUGGAGCAUGGCAUGGGGGAAACCGAUCUUAUACAUAAUUUGGUUAUGCAGUUUCUUCAGCAUGACGGCUACGUUGAAACUGCGCGAGCAUUUGCAGAGGACUUGCGCAUUCAGAAUGAAGCGUUGCGUUCGACAUCCAACAACGCCAAGUCCACCAUCAGCCUACGAGACGACGAGGACGCUAACAAUAGACAACGCAUACGACGGGCGGUGUUGGACGGUGACAUUGACCAAGCAUUGGAGUACAUGGAGAAGUAUUAUCCACAGGUUUUGCAAGAAAAUCAAACGGUUGUAUUCAAGCUGAGGUGCCGCAAAUUCAUAGAGCUGGUUCGCAAGGCAGCCCACAUAAAUAUGGAAGCCGAGGGUCGCCGACGCAAUGGCAACAGCAACGGUGACGCCGCCAUGGAUAUCGACGCGAAUGGUACCAAUGGAUUCGAGCAGACAGAACUACAGGAGCUGGAAAUCAAUAUGCUUGUUUACGGCCAAGAGUUGCAGCGCGAAUACGCCGGGGAUUCGCGAAAGGAAAUUACAACAGCACUGGAGCAAAUAUGGGCGCUGGUCGCAUACCCCAACCCGCUUAAGGAGCCCGAGGUGGCGCAUUUGCUUGACCGUAAGGGACGUCAAGCUGUGGCCGAAGAGCUCAACGCUGCCAUUCUCUCAUCUCUAGGCAAAUCGUCACAAGCCGCCCUUGAAAAGAUUUAUGCACAGACGACGGUACUGUUAGAAGAGCUUCGCACGGAUGGCGGCGAGGGGGCAUUUUUAUCGAUCAAGGACGUGCUGGAAGGCGUUUCUCAGACCGAGAGCUCGGAGUAGUACUGCGAAUCUUGGUUCAUGGUUGACGUGCCGACCUAAAAGACCUCCCUUGUCGAUACCACGACAUCCAGAUCAGGAUUUCAAUGACGCAGCAGUGCCGUGCAGCGCAGGGCGGAGGAGUAGCAGUAGUAGCGUUUCGGAAUGUUUGUAUACUUUUUUGUGUGGAGGGUCGUACGUGAUGGGCUGAGUUCCCGCGUCGAGUAAUGAGCGGACAUUGUAUAAGCAUUACGUGGACAUGACAUAGGACAUGACAUAGGACAUGCUAGCGCAUGAAUUGAAUAUUUUCCAAUUAUAUUUUCUUUUAGUGGUAUCAUUCUAUUGUACAUUCUAUAGUGGUGUUGUUACAGGUUCUCGUCCAAUUCGCCCGCUGGUUAGCCUAGUACUCCUUUCCCCAGCAGCGCGCGUACAAGCGGUCCCUAUGGCGAACAAUAUUCUCAAACUGCAGAACAGCCUCGGCCAGCACCAGAUCCUUCCACUGCAUAGCAUCGUCCAGAAUCAAAUACGUAUACGAGAAGAGCUCUGCAUCCAGCAUCCCUGGCUCAUCGGCGCCAAAGAACCAGUUAUCCUGGCCCAGCAACUCCGACAACGUCUCCAGCGCAUCUACCAAAUUCUCACGCAAGACAGCAGCAUCAAUGCCCCCCGUGCGUCGUGUAAUCUUGAGAAUCUCGGCUGUUGCUGCCUCAUGCAGCCCCGCGCGCUGCGUCGCCCGUAGGAGCGCCGCACUAGGUAGAUAGAGGGCUGUGAGGACGGCGUCGUUGGCGGGCGCGAGGUAGAGUGUAUGCAGCCAAGCUGGGCGGAUCUUGUGCGCAAUGACGGACUGGUAGAGUGCGACUUUGGGGUGGUCGGGUGCGAUGUUGGCGAAGUCGGCAAUCUUGGUGCCUGUGAGGGGAGUUGUUGAGGAAGAAGACGUCGGGAUGAGAAAGGGGAGCGAGCCGGACGGCGAAGCGUGGUUGGAUGACGGGACGAGGGAGACAGGGACGCCAGCGAUGCGCAGGAGGGUUUGGUAUUUGAGGCAUGAGGGGUUGAAGCUCGGGGUGCCGGAGUCGGCGGCGGCGUCGUCGCGCGCAAAUAUGAAGAGGCGUGGGAGGGUGGUUGUCGUCGAGGUUGCGGCGCGCGAGGGGAGGGUGUUGGCGGGGAGGGUCUGGAGGGGGAAGGACUUGAAGAGGGCGCGGAUGUGGGAGGGUGCGGUGAAGAUGCCCCGUGAAGGACGGGGUGUUGUUGUCGUCGUCAUGGUGGUAGUUGGUGACGGUUGGCGUGGAGGGUGGUUGUUG